AAUUCCAAGGGCUUGUAAGGACUUUUAAGGCAUCCCUCGAAUGAAUGCAUUGGAGAUAGACUUAACUGGUUUGGGUUAACGGUUUUAUACACGUCUAGAAGAGAAGAGAAGAGAAGGGAAGGGUAAGUUGGAGGAAAAGAAUCAGAAACAGAUGGCGACGGAGACGAAGUUGUUGCAGGAGCUAGUGUUAUACACAGCAAGCGCCGCCCUCAGUUGCCUGGUACUAUUCGCCGGACUGAAACAUCUUGAUCCGAAUCGAGAAGCUUCUAAAAAAGCCCUAGAACAGAAGAAACAAAUCUCCAAGCGCUUAGGUCGCCCUCUUAUUCAUACCAACCCCUACGAGGAUGUGAUUGCAUGCAAUGUGAUAAAUCCUGAUCAUAUUGAUGUGGAAUUUAAUUCCAUUGGAGGACUGGAAGCCAUCAAGCAAUCACUCUAUGAAUUGGUCAUUUUACCUCUACGUAGGCCUGAGCUUUUUUCAUAUGGCAAGUUACUUGCCCCCCAAAAAGGUGUUUUGUUGUAUGGCCCACCUGGUACAGGGAAGACUAUGCUUGCAAAAGCUAUUGCUAAAGAGUCCGGCGCUGUUUUUAUCAACGUCAGAAUAUCAGAUUUGAUGAGCAAAUGGUUUGGAGAUGCACAAAAACUCGUUGCUGCUGUAUUUAGUUUGGCAUACAAGCUCCAGCCUGCUAUAAUAUUCAUUGACGAGGUCGAUAGCUUUCUUGGUCAACGACGAACUACAGACCAUGAAGCAUUAACCAAUAUGAAGACCGAAUUCAUGGCAUUAUGGGAUGGUUUUACCACAGAUCAGAAUGCUAGAGUGAUGGUGCUUGCUGCAACUAAUCGUCCUUCAGAGCUUGAUGAAGCAAUACUGAGACGACUUCCACAGGCAUUUGAGAUUGGGAUACCCGACCGCAAAGAAAGGGCUGACAUUUUAAAGGUGAUUUUGAAGGGCGAGAGAGUAGAGGAAGACAUUGAUCUUGACUGCAUAGCUGCGUUAUGCGAAGGUUAUACCGGCUCGGAUCUUUUAGAGCUCUGCAAGCAAGCUGCCUAUUUUCCCAUCCGGGAUUUGUUAGAUGAUGAGAAGAAGGGGAAGUCAUCACUUUUUCCAAGACCAUUAUCGCAAGCAGAUUUGGAGAAGGUGGUGGUGAAAUCCAAAAAGACAAGGGUAGCAGCAAGGGAGUACAGUGGUUUGAGCUCACAAUCAGAGGUGUGGUCAGUGCCAAGGGAAACGCCAGAUGAUUAUCCGGUUCAAGCUGCGAUUAACGAGCUCUCCAAGAUUGUUGUUUCCCAGAUCAUGAAUAUUAGGUCAGAUAAUCAAGAGCGUGAAGAUCAGGAGUAACAAUUGCACGUUUUUCAGUGUGUAAUUAAGUUAUCAAAUUCCAUUUUGUGAUUCACCUUUUUAUAUACAGAAGCUGAAGCGUUGAGUUAAAGUAUUGAACUUAUAGUAACUGAAACCUUCUUUCUAGAGUUUAUUGUAGAGAUCCAAAGUUGGAGUGUUGGACACACAAAUGCAAAAUUUGUCUAGACCGAGCUACAAGGUUUAACCCUGUUUAAA